AUGUCUUUAGAGGACCAAGAAAUUCCUGAAAAUUCAAUUCUGAAUGAAGACGAUGAAAUAUGGGUGACAGAAAGUAGCAUUAAUGACAAUAAUAACAAGAAGCAAAUAUCUUUUGCAAAUAACAAUGAUAAUUAUUAUAAAAAAAAUCCUCGCGAUUUUUUCUCUUUAUAUCAAACCAGCAUGUCUAGCAUAUCUUUAAAUGGUGGAAACAUAGCUUCGAAUGAGACCGCGAAAAGUAUAGGAAGUUUAGAUAAUGUAUUGCCGGACGAGCUGCUCACUCAAGAACCCGAAUCUUAUAUUAAAGCAUUAACCGAAGAAUAUAGUGAUUUGGUGGAGAUGAAUAAAACAUUUGGUAAAGUAAAUGAGAAUUUGCAAGAGGCAAGGAAUAAGUUGCGACAAUUUACAAAAACAAUCGAGCAGACAGAUAAAUUAUUGGAUUUAUGGAUAAAUAUUUUAUCUCAAAGUACUCACACACAACAACUAUUGGCUAAUCCAUUAUGGGAAGGCAUUAUAGAGGAAAGACGUCGAAUAAUUGAAGAAUCAGAGCAGGAAGAAAAAGAGCGACAAGAACGUGAAAGGGAGACACGUGAACGAGAAGAACGGGAAAGACAGAUUGCUAUUGAAAGAGCUAAAGAAGCCGAGAUUGCCAAAUUAUCUAAUAAACCAAAAAUAAAACGUGGUAAUUCAUCAAGAAUAACAACAAAAACACGCGGGCGAAGAAAAGAAGUUGCUCUUCAUGCUCAAGAAUUAGCUAAUAUCGAAAAAGAAAAGGAAUUGGGUAUUGAUAAAAAGUCAGAUAAUUAA